CAUACAAGAUAAAGCAGCAAACCAUUUAUCAUGUCUUCUGGUUCUGCUUCUUCUCAACCCAGUGUCCGUGAAGCUAUUUGGCGCAAGGAACUCGGAUCAAAUUCAAAUCCACCAGUUAGUCAGCCUGUGGCUACUCAGCCAACUGCUCAAGCUUGUCUAGCAAAAAACAAAGGGAGAUAAGCAAAUCAAAUGACGUAAUGUGCCCCAGUUUUUAAGCUAGCUUUUUGUGCUUCUGUUUCAUAUCUCUACUACAAUAAAGCGAAGCGUCCAAAAGCUUCACCAAAUUAUAAACUUCCAAAUUUACCCAUACUUCACCAGUCUCUGACACACAAACGCUGGGGCUAUUACCGUAAAAAAGAGACGGAAACACUUUUAUACGGGACGGAUAGAUGUGGGUACGCACGAACUCACCCACUUCGCCAUACUUGGAACUCCAUACUUCGCCAGAUAGACGUGGGUCGGCACGAUAUGAAGUUCUGAACACGAACGUGGGAGUUAUCGACGGACACUCACCACAAUUUACCGACUAUAAAAGGGGGAAAGUGGAUGAUCAACCCAGAAAAAGAAAAAGAAGAAAAUCAAACGAUGAAAACAGAAGAGAAAUCAGGCAACUGAAGAAGGAAACAAGUCAGGGGUCAUCUUUAUGCAAAAUUGCAAAUUAAAGUUCGAGCCGAAUAAUCAAGGGCUUUGGGUUAAGGUGUUGAAGAUUUGGAAUUAUAGGGGUUCAGAACAGGCAGAGCAGGUACUAUUUGAGAUCGAUUCUGAACUCUUAAGACACAGACUGCAUCCAGGAAUGAUUGCCUAUUACAAUACUGCUGCUUCGGUUUUGUGCUCGACAACGAUCAAGAAUGAAGAUAAGAUGGAGUUCAGCAAGGUCCUAGAAGCAAUUAAUAAAGGGUAACUUUAAUGACAAGUAUGAGGAAUACAGGAAAAAGUGGGGGUGGCAGCAUCGUCGGUUCCAAAUCCCAGGCCAAAACUAAGGCGAGGGAAAGGCUCCUCACAAAAUAAGCUGCUUAAAGAAUGACUUGAUUUUCAUCCUUGCUGUAUUUUGUUUCACUUGGAUUUUGCUACUUGAAUUUUGUGAUUGUUAAGUUUAUUCAUACCAACAGCAGAGGUUUUAUUUCCCUUUCUUAAAUACAGUUUUUGUAAAUUUUCAGUAUGUUCAAUUUGUUUUCCUUUUUCAUUUUUAAAUCUUGACACUUUUAUU